UGGAGCGGAAAGCUGCGCGGCUGCCGCGGACCCCGGCCGUCCUUCAGCAUGUGAAGUAAGGCUCACCUGGAGAACAGGUGCGGCAGGAGCGGCAGCCAUGUUUCAGGAGCUGAGUGACGUGAAUUCAAGCGCCAAUCUGAGCCAGCCGAACUCUCUCCAGGAUUGGAGCGACACGCCGCUGGAGCGGCUUUCGCGCGGCGGCCACCGCGUGGUGUCGGUAUUUCUGGGCUCCAUCAUGGUGCUUGGGAUCUUCAACAACAUGCUGGUGCUGGUUCUGUUUUGCCGCUUCAAGACCCUGCGGACCCCCGUCAACAUGCUGCUGCUGAACAUCAGUAUCAGCGACAUGUUGGUGUGUCUGUGCGGAACGACGCUCAGCUUCGCCUCCAGCCUGCGCGCGCGCUGGUUGUUUGGCCGCCGCGGCUGCAUGUGGUACGGCUUCAUUAACUCCUGCUUCGGCAUUGUGUCACUCAUCUCACUCUCCAUCCUUUCCUAUGACCGCUACAGCACCCUUAUGGUGUACAACCAGCGGUCAGCGGACUACAGUAAGCCACUGCUGGCGGUGGGGGGGUCGUGGCUGUACUCGGUUCUUUGGACGGUGCCCCCCUUGCUGGGCUGGAGCAGUUAUGGGCUGGAGGGGGCGGGGACAAGCUGCUCGGUAACAUGGACAGAGAGGACAGCAAGCUCGCACUCCUACAUCAUCUGUCUUUUCCUGUUCUGCCUCGGUCUGCCUGUCCUCCUCAUGGUGUACUGUUAUGGCCGCCUGCUGCACGCCGUCAAACAGGUGGGUCAGAUCCGGCGGUCAGCGGCCCGUCGACGGGAGUUCCACAUCUUGUUCAUGGUCGUCACCACAGUGGUGUGUUACCUGAUCUGCUGGAUGCCAUACGGCGUUGUUGCCAUGAUGGCAACCUUCGGCCAGCCCGGACUCAUCAGCCCGGUUGCCAGUGUUGUCCCAUCGAUUCUCGCCAAGAGCAGCACCGUUUUCAAUCCCAUCAUCUACAUCUUCAUGAACAAACAGUUCUACCGCUGCUUCCUGAUCCUCCUCCGCUGUCGGCACCAGCUGACCGAGCUUGGACCCUCCUCCAUGCCUUCGAAGACCACUGCUGUGCAGCUGAACCGCCGCAUGAUGGACCCCAGCCCUGUCCAACCAGCACUCACCAAACCCUGCACAGACGACCUGGAGGGAACCAGCGCCGCCAUGUCUGACAAAACGGGCCCUGUUGAGCCCCAGGAAGAUCGCCAUGGUGACGGAGCCUGUGGUGUGGUUUGUGACUGAUGACAUCACAAGGUCAUGUGUUCUGUUGGUACGGUCAAACACAAGGGACAAAAUUCAGACCAGAGAGACACAAGUUGACGCUGGACAGGAGGAAUACAUCCUGGGCUGGUUUUGCAGGAUGACAGGGUUCUGGUCCAUGCUUCAUAGAGCAUAAAGCAUAAAAUAUCAUCAAGGGAUUGUUCUGGAAUUAAAGAUAAAAACACUCAAGAAAAACAGUCCAAGGUCCUUUGAGAUUUGCUUGCAGGAAAACGCAGCAGACCAUGUUGUUGUCAUUGUAUUUCCUGUUUGUACCGUCAGGUUUUAGCUGCUGUGUGUGUGUGUCGGAUCCAGUGUGUAGGUUCUGAAAUUCCCUGUUCAA